AACUCAACUUUGUCCCAGCCAGUUCGUUCUUGAUAUUCAAUAACAAUGGAGUUGUUAACCCCUUCUCCUACUCCUCUUACUCCUUCUUCAAAUUCCCUUUCUGGGUUUUCUUCUAUGGCCACUUAUCGACGUGGGUUUUACAGAACUAGCCAAAUCAUCACUCCUCAAACGAGAGAAAUCGUAGAAGAACAAAAUGAGCCUAAAGUGUAUAUAGCAGUUGGAAAGUCUGUGAAUAAAAAUGUUGCUUUGGUUCAAUGGGCUUGUAAAACAUUUGGGAACUCAGAAAUUUGUAUUUUUUAUGUUCUUGAACCUUCUCCUUAUAUACCCACUUUAUUAGGAAGAUUGCCGGCUACUCAAGCUAAUGCGGAAGUGGUAUCUGCAUUUCGAGAUGCGGAGAGAGAAGAGGCUAGGAAACUUCUAUCUCGUUAUUUGAACGUGUGCUGCAAAUCGAAGGUUAAAGCAAGUGUUGCUAUAGUUGAAGCACAUUUUGUCCUUAAAGGAAUUCUUGAUUUUGUCAACAAACAUAACAUCCGAAAGCUUAUAAUUGGGGCUAUACCAGAUUUCUGCAGUUUGCAUCGUUCUGAAAUUUCAUCAUAUGGAUCUUGUCUAUUGUACCCGAGCUUACCCUUCAUAUACAGUUGUGUGAAGGUCAAGAAAAGCUCCCAGAAAGCAAGUUUUGCUGCCGCAUAUUUCCCUUCAUUCUGUGAAAUAUUCUUUGUCUACAAAGGGAAACUAGUCUGGACUAGACAGCCUCCUGAUUGCUCAAGCUUCAUUGGACCUAUUUCUGCUAAUACUCGAGCAGUGGUAGCUGAUGCAUGCAGUUUAAGAUCUCGGUCUCUAACGUCUUGCAAGAGAGAGGUUAUCCUCUCGCCAGAACGUGCUCGGUCAAGCUCGUCUAGGGACCUACUGUCAUCUGGAAUCAAAAGUUUAAUAUUUGAGGAGGGAAUUUCAUCAGACACUGGUUUAUGGCCCAAGAACUUUUCUUCUACUAGCAGAAGCAAUCCAAUCAUUUUCCCUAGUUUAUCUAUUUCAACAAGCCCUAGCACUGGUAGCAGUUGUGCUUCUUCUGCUGAACAAAUGGAGUCCCCUGAUGUCGAGUUGGAAAGUUUAUACAAACAGCUUGAAGAAGUCUGCAUAGAAUUUGAAUCAUCAAGGAAUGAAGCUAUUGCAGAGAUGCUUAAGCGCAAAAAACUGGAAGCUGAAGCUGUGGAAGCCAUGAGAAAGGUAAAAGCAUUUGAAUCUGCUCAUGCGCAUGAAGUUAAACUGAGGAAGGAAGCUGAGGUUGCUUUGGAAAAUAUAUUGCUGGAAAAAGAAAAGCUCUUGAAGGAGAGAGAGGAGAAAACUAGUGAGCUGCGCAAGGCCAUGAGAAAUAUAGCCCUCCUAGAUAGUCGUACACAGGAGGCCGAUCAGCGGUGUGAAGAGAUUGCUGGAGAAUUGACGUUAAUUCAUUCCUCCAUAGCAACUCUCCGGCAGGAGAAGCGCAAACUUCUGCAGCAAAAUACUGAAGCCAUGAACUGGAUUAAUCGGUGGAAGAAUCGCGGAAAAGAUGGAGUACUAAGUGCAAGUGGCGAGUGGUCUGCAUCACCUGCGUUGUUGGAAUUUUCACUGUCCGAAUUGCAGACAGCAACAUGCAACUUUUCUGAGAGCUUCAGGAUUGGUCAAGGAGGAUAUGCUGAUGUGUUCAAAGGAGAACUGGCAGAUAAAACAGUUGUUAUUAAGCAAUUGCAUCCACAUAAUAUGCAACAGCAGUCACAGUUUUUUGAACAGGUGGAAAUUCUAGCUAAGUUACGGCAUCCUCAACUGGUUACUUUACUUGGUGUAUGUCCGGAAGCCUGGUGCCUUGUUUAUGAAUAUAUACCUGGUCGGAGCCUCCAAGACCGCCUAUUUUGCAAAAACAUUAGUCCCAUGAAUUGGAAGAUGCGAGCACGAAUUAUUUCUGAAAUUGCAAGUGCUCUUCUGUUUUUGCACUCUUCCUACCCUGAACAGAUUGCACAUGGGGAUCUGAGGCCUGAGAAUAUGCUCCUUGAUUCGACAGACAGCUGCAAAAUAUGUGAUACCGGGAUAUCUAGCCUGAUUCCUCAGCAAACCCUGCGCUGCCCAAGUUUUGGUCGUCAGAGUGAACCAAAGGGUCUCUUUUCAUACACUGAUCCUGAAUUUCAUAUAACUGGAGCGCUGACAACUAAGUCGGACAUUUACUCAUUUGGACUAAUUAUCCUUCAAAUACUCACUGGAAGAACUCUAGCAGGAUUACUGAGUGAAGUACGCAGGGCAGUCUCAUGCGCAGAAUUAGAGUCUCUUUUGGAUUCAUCUGCUGGAGAAUGGUCUACAUAUGUGUCAAGGAGAUUAGCAGAACUGGCUUUGCAAUGCUGUGAAGUUAACAGUAGGGAUAGGCCUGAGCUGACACCGACUCUUGUAAUGGAGCUAGAGAACUUGCAUGUACUGGAAGAGCGAUCAGUGCCAUCUUUUUUUGUAUGUCCAAUUCGCCAGGACAUAAUGCUUGACCCUCAGAUCGCUGCAGACGGGUUCACAUAUGAAGGAGAGGCCAUUCAAGGAUGGCUGGAAAGUGGUCAUGAUACUUCUCCAAUGACCAAUUUGAAACUAAGCCAUUUGGAGCUAACUCCUAAUCAUUCCUUGCGACUUGCUAUCCAGGAUUGGCUAUGCAACUUAGAAUUCCUCACUUAGUAAUAACAUAGACUAUUGUAAAUCCAAAUGUAUGUAUUCUAGGAGCCUAGGAUACAAAGGUAACAUAGAAAUAUAGAACUAGCCUUGCGAAAUAUAAGGUAAGUGACCGCAUUAUCGUAGAUCUCUAAUACCGCAAAAUGGAAAGACAUUGUGUUGAUUACAGUCUAGAGAACAUUGAAACUGUCUCGGAUGCACUGUAGUAGUUAUCAUAAAAAUAGACUUAUUUUGCACUCUAUAGCUUAAAGUUGUUUCA